AUGGGAGGCACUGCUCCAGUGUGACCAGUUUCUAAGGUACAGCAAAUAAAGACCACCCGUCCCAUUCCCUCAGACACCUCCCAGUAUGGAUGGUUUGAUCGAACAGAACGGUGUACUAAUGCACAAUAAGAUAGCUGAAGCCGGGAAAAGGAAUGGUUUAAUUAACACAAGGAACUUAGUGGCAGAGUCUCGAGAUGGUCUGGUCUCUGUGUACCCAACCCCCCAGUACCAAGGCCACCGAGUGGGGAGCCUUUCCUCGCAGAGCUGCCUGGAGAACAGCAGGAACGACCCCGUGCAACAGCUUCUGGAUCCCAACAUGCUGCAGCAGGCGGUGGAGUCUCACUACCGGCCCAACAUCAUCCUCUACUCGGAGAACGUGCUGCACUCGUGGGGGGAGAGCAUCAGCUCUGAGUGCUGUGAAACCACCUUCAUUGAAGACCGUUCCCCCACCAAAGACAGCCUGGAGUACCCAGAUGGCAAAUUCAUUGACCUCUCAGCAGACAACAUCAAGAUUCAUACCCUCUCCUAUGAUGUGGAGGAAGAAGAGGAUUUCCAGGAGCUAGAGAGUGAUUACUCAAGUGACACUGAGAGCGAAGACAAUUUCCUGAUGAUGCCGCCAAGAGAUCAUCUCGGCCUCACUGUGUUCUCCAUGCUCUGCUGCUUCUGGCCACUGGGAAUUGCUGCCUUUUACCUGUCUCAUGAGACAAACAAAGCAGUAGCCAAGGGGGACUUCCACCAUGCAAGCUCCAGCUCCCGGCGAGCGCUCUUCCUGGCUGUGCUGUCCAUCACAAUCGGAACUGGCAUCUACGUUGGGGUGGCCGUGGCUCUUAUUGCCUAUCUAUCCAAAAACAACCAUUUAUGAGCCUCAGGAAAGGGGAGAAUCAGCCACCUGGUGCCCACACUACAGAAAUCCCCAGCAGAUCAGACUGCAUGGUUUUCCAAAACAAUCAAGAGACAAACAAACACCUUCGGGGGGCAGGUACUGGAUAAGAUGGUCUCGUGCAUUAUUGUAGGGUGGGAAGGUAGGCUGGGGUGAGGAUGGUUCCACUGUUUCUGAUGAACAAGUCUUGCUUCUCUUCAUGAACACCCCUACAAGAGUGAAAGAAAAAAGAAAGAAAAAAGAAAAAAAAAGAAAGAGAAAGAAAGAAAGAAAAUUUUGAGGGUGUGGGGGAUAGGGUGUUUGGCUUUGCCUUCUUUGCAAUACGGUGUUUACAAGAAGCUGGCAUCCUAGCUGUUCUCUGAAUAUUUUGUCAGUGACCUGAACUUUACAGCCAGCACGAGCUUGUGCUUAGUUUGCUUGUUAAGCACGGCACCAAGAUCUGGAAAAGCAUGGACAGUGGCUGGUUCUCUGAAA